UCCCAUCCCAAACAAAAAAAAAAACAUUUCCCCUCUCUCGAACCCUAAUCCUGAUCACUUUCAAUUCUCUGUAUUUCUUACUCGCAAUUCAAAUCUCUUCCUUCUUUCUCUGCAUAUUUCAAUCCGAAAACUUGACUCCUAAAUCAUUCCCAUUCGAUUAGGAAUUAGCUCUACAGCAUGGCGAACAGAGAUGCAGACCCCAAUCUGGGGUACCUGACUCGAAAAGAAACAGAGGUAAAGCUUCCUAGACCUACACGGGUGAAGAACAAAACCCCAGCUCCAAUCCAAAUCACCGCCGAGCAAAUCCUUCGGGAAGCUAGAGAACGUCAAGAGGCCGAAAUCCGACCGCCGAAGCAAAAAAUCACUGACCCGACCGAACUCGCCGAUUACCGCCUCCGCAAGCGCAAGGAAUUCGAAAGCUUAAUUAGCCGAGUCCGCUGGAACAAAAGCGUGUGGGUGAAAUAUGCUAAAUGGGAAGAAUCACAAAAGGACUUCAAGCGUGCUCGUUCCGUUUGGGAGCGAGCACUUGAGGUCGAUUACAGGGAUCAUACGAUGUGGUUGAAGUAUGCUGACGUGGAGAUGAAGAAUAAGUUCGUGAAUCAUGCUCGUAAUGUGUGGGAUCGUGCUGUUACCCUCUUGCCUAGGGUUGAUCAGUUAUGGUACAAGUAUAUUCACAUGGAAGAGAUGCUUGGGAAUGUAGCUGGCGCAAGGCAGAUUUUUGAGAGGUGGAUGACAUGGAUGCCGGACCAGCAAGGGUGGUUAAGUUACAUUAAGUUUGAGUUAAGGUAUAAUGAGGUGGAUAGGGCGAGGGCCAUUUUCGAGAGAUUCGUGCAGUGUCAUCCAAAGGUUAGUGCAUGGAUUAGGUUUGCGAAGUUUGAGUUUAAGAAUGGCGAGGUAGCAAGGGCGAGGAAUUGUUAUGAGAGGGCCGUGGAUAAGUUGGCGGACGACGAGGAAGCAGAGCAGCUGUUUGUGGCGUUCGCGGAGUUUGAGGAGAAGUGUAAGGAGACAGAGAGGGCAAGGUGCAUUUAUAAGUUUGCACUUGAUCAUAUUCCGAAAGGGCGAGCUGAGGAUUUGUACAGGAAGUUUGUGGCUUUUGAGAAACAGUAUGGUGAUAGGGAAGGUAUUGAGGAUGCUAUUGUUGGGAAAAGGAGAUUUCAGUAUGAGGAUGAAGUAAGGAAGAAUCCGCGGAACUAUGACGCGUGGUUUGAUUAUCUUCGGUUGGAAGAGAGUGUAGGGAAUAAAGAGAGGAUUAGAGAGGUUUAUGAGAGAGCCAUUGCUAACGUUCCUCCUGCUGAAGAGAAGCGGUAUUGGCAGCGAUACAUUUACUUAUGGAUUAAUUAUGCAUUAUAUGAAGAGCUUGACGCACAAGACAUGGAAAGGACCAGAGAUGUCUACAGGGAGUGUCUUAAGCUGAUUCCUCAUCAGAAGUUCUCAUUUGCAAAGAUUUGGUUGUUGGCUGCUCAGUUUGAGAUCCGGCAGUUAAGACUCAAGGAAGCACGGCUGCUACUUGGAGAAGCGAUUGGAAGAGCUCCUAAAGACAAGAUAUUUAAGAAGUACAUUGAGAUAGAGCUGCAUCUUGGAAAUAUAGACCGUUGUAGAAAGCUUUAUGAGAAGUACUUAGAAUGGUCACCAGAAAAUUGCUAUGCUUGGAGCAAAUUCGCUGAGUUAGAGAGAUCCUUGGAUGAAACGGAGCGAGCCAGGGCUAUUUUUGAGCUUGCAAUUGACCAACCUGCGCUGGAUAUGCCAGAGUUACUAUGGAAGGCUUACAUCGACUUCGAGAUCUUUGAGGGUGAAUUUGAUAGAACAAGAGCACUGUAUGAAAGACUUCUUAACCGCACGAAACACUUGAAGGUGUGGAUAAGUUAUGCGAAUUUUGAGGCCUCGGCUGUGGAUUCAGAGGUUGAGGAAGAUAUUGAACAGAAGAAGAAGCGCCUGCAGCAUGCCAGAGAUGUUUUUGAAAAGGCCAUUACGUACUACCGAACUUCUGCUCCUGAAUUGAAAGAAGAACGAGCAAUGCUUUUAGAAGAAUGGCUGAAAAUGGAAAGCGGUUUUGGUGAGCUUGGGGAUGUUAACUUAGUCCGUGCAAAGCUACCAAAGAAACUCAAGAAGAGAAGGCAAAUAGACAUGGAGGAUGGUCCAACAGCGUACGAGGAGUAUAUCGAUUAUCUUUUUCCCGAGGAAACGCAAACCACCAACCUCAAGAUCUUGGAAGCUGCUUAUAAAUGGAAGAAGCAGCGCGUUGCAUCAGAAGAGGAUUAGUAUCUUCUCUGUUAGCUUCCAUUUGAUUUUCUUAAAUGUGGCUAGCACAUUUGUCUUUUUUCCCCCCUUCUGUUUUGUACUAAUUGUUGGGUAAAAGUAAGAAAAAAAAGAGAUGAGAGUGUUGACAUUUAUACCUCUCUAUCUCAAAAAAUCUAAUUUGGCAUUGUUGUGCAGUCAAAUCCAAUGUUGUGGACUGACACGGAGAGUUCCAGUUUUGGUCUUGACAUUGUUUAGCUGUAUUUAGUGUUUUCCAUAUUUAUGAUGUAUAAAUUAUAUAUCAAAUGUAAUUUUCUAUCUUGAACAUUUCCUGA